AGUUGCAGAAGAGUUCUUCAUGCCAGGGACUGCUGUAGCCUCAGCACAUAGAGUAUUGUAGCUCCUGGACCCCCUAAGAUAAGCAAAUGGACGAGAAAGAGCUGAGUGAUCCUCUGAAUAACGUAUCAGUCAUUAAAGAUGACCUGACCAGGUCAAACAUGGGCUCCUCUGGUGACUCAGAGAAAAUGAUCCAGCACUUAAAUGAUGAGCUUCGGGAUGCCCAGGAGCUAGCUAAUACUGAGAAGCACAAAUGCAUUGAGCUACAAGGUAUCCUGCAGGAAGAGAGAAAAGAAAAUAAGAAACAAGCUGAUGAAUCUGCAAAUCAGAUAAAACAUCUUCAAGGCCAGCUGCGGCAGCUCCAAGAGGAAACGGGCAUCCUCAGAGAGCAGUUAGCUGUCUCCUCCAGUUCACCCGAUGAGCUACAAAGUGCACGUGAUGAGGUGAAGGCGCUGAAACGUGCCCUGGAGGCAGCCACUGCUGAGCGGGACAGAGACGUCGCUGCUAUUCAGGCUAACCUGGCAACCGCCUCGAAGGAUCUGGACAAAUGGCGUCAGACUGCCAACAAAUAUGAGCGUGAGAUUGACAACCUGCAGCGUGACCUUCAACAACAGAGCAAGCAGUGGCAGAAAACUGCAGAAAUACAAGCCGGCGAGCUGCAGUCCAUGCAGGCGGAGUGUAACGGUCUUCAGAAGGAGUGUUCUGUGCUGCGAUCAGAAAAACAAGACACGGUGAAUAAGCACCAGAAGGAAAAGAACAGUCUGCAAAGUGAGUGCGCUUCGCUCAGGGCAGAGAAGGAGGAACUCCUCAAGACUCACCAAAAAGACAAGGGCAACCUGCAGAGUGAAUGUGCAGCUCUGCGCUCUGAGAAGGAGGCGGUGCUGCAGAGACAGCAGCAGCUGGAGAAGGACCUUGCCAGUUCGCGUGCCCAGAAUGCUGAGCUGAGCAACAGCCUCAAAGCCCUGGAGAGAUCCCAGCAGGAGUUGGAGAAGAAGCUGGCGUCUUUGCAGCUCCAGCACCAGCAGGAUAGCUCUGAGCUGCAGACCCAACUAGAUGAAGCGGACAGCCGCAGCAAAGCCCUGCAGAGAGAGUAUGACGAGGCUAAGACGGAGCUGUCAGACCUAAAGGAAAAAUAUGAGACGACUGAGCAGGAGAAACAGUCGAUAAUGGAUGAAUUUGAGGCGUGCAAAGCCAGCAUGAAGGAAUUACAGGAGAAGGGGACAAAGACAUCCCUUUUGCUGCCUGUUCAAGCCAUAGUCAUCUGUCUUAUCCUGGCUUUGCUGUAUUGGUGCUUCGGCGCAUUGUAGUAGUAAGAAACUGUGGAUGAUCUGGGGGCCUGUGGCUGCUGUGGCUCUAACAGCUGUGACUGCCGCUAUGCUCUUCAGGACCUGAGGGCAACGUGCUCAAACACACACACACACAUACACACACACACACUCAGACAAGUGAAUCCAUAUUUGUCAUCAGAUUUCUCGGCACUGAAACUGAAAAACUUGCCCCCUUAUCAUAUCUGCACUAUUAAUUAGGAGGGCUCUUACUUAACACUGUUUAAUUUUUAAGAGUAUCUAUUUUAGAUGACAGAGACGUUAAUAAAAGAAUGUCAGUUUUGUGUGCAAAUGAACAAGUUUGUUUGUAUGGCUAAUAUUAUUUGGAGGAAAUCAAGUCGGGUCAUUUGUUUUGUUUACUAUCAUGACUUAUAGGAUUAUCCAUAAUGAAUGUAAAGAUACGCUACACACUUAGUUCUAAAUAUAUAUGAUGCUGAUGAUAUUUCAGAUGGAUCACUUGGAGUUUGAACCUCCCUUAAUGUAACACAUCUCUGUAACUGUCAGAAUAAUAAAUAUUGUCACAAUUA